UGCAGAGUGGUAGAUUUCGUUAGAAAUGAAACUAAGAUAUUUACCGAUUCAGAUUUAAAUAUGGAGCCACCUGGAAACUCUAACAUGGCAUUAGCCAAAUACACAACAAGUGUUAAUGUUGGAAGUGCUAUAAAUGCAUUGAGCUUGUGCCAAAACAGCAACAAAAUUGUGGUCGCUGGCAGGGCGUUGCUGAAGAUUUACGAAGCAGAACCACAAAAUCAAUUAAAAGAAAUUGCAAACUUGCACAUGGGUAGAAAACAGGGGCUUAAUAUGAGUAGCUCUGAUGUAGUGUGGAGUUCAAAGGAUGAAAAUCUAAUCGCAACAGCUGCAACAAACGGAGCUAUCGUGGUGUGGGACUUGAAUGCUGUGGGUCGAAACAAGCAACUUGCUGUGCUGUCAGAUCAUAGACGAACUGUCACAAAAAUCUCAAUUCAUCCAAAAGAGUCCACUCGCUUACUCAGUGGUUCUCAGGACUGUACAAUGAGAAUGUUUGAUCUGCGUAAAAAAGAAAGUACUGGAAUGUUUCAAAGUAAAGCAGAUGGUGUUAGGAGCGUGGAGUUCAGUCCAUUUCAUUAUUUCAUGUUUGCCGCUAGUUUUGAUAAUGGGAGUGUUCAAAUUUGGGAUUAUCGUCAAAGCAAAACCUAUCUCAGUCAGUUCCUUGCACACAAAGGCUCGGUAUACACACUUAACUGGCAUCCAGAUGAAGAUGAAAGGAAUAAGAUUGCUACAGGAGGGAGGGAUAAUAUUGUUAAGGUAUGGGAAACAGGUACUUCUCACAACAAACAGAUUUCCAAUAUUCCGACAUCUACCUCAGUUUCUGCAGUUAGAUGGCGUCCUUCUCACAAGGAUCAGUUAGCCACUGUAUCUAUGAUGUUGGACUUCAGUGUAAAUGUGUGGGAUCUUCGCAGAAGAUUUGUACCUUACGCUUAUUUUGAGGAGCACAAUGAUGUGACAACCGGAAUUGCUUGGAAACAAAAUGAUCCAGAAGUUUUAUUUUCAUGUUCAAAAGACGGAACACUAGUGAUGCAUGCUAUGCAGGAUGCAAUUCAACCUUGGAAAAAAAUCAAAACUAGAGGAUUAGACGUUGGUUCACGAGGGCUAGUUCUUUUUGCUGGUGAAGACUCAAAUAUCCCAGCAAGGGCUCAGAGUCCUACAGGCUCGGGGCAAAAUAAGUUGCCAGGACUUUUUGGUUGGGGUGUCGGCAAGCAAGAUCCAGAAUGGGCGGGUUCUGCUCCUGCCUCACCUACAGCAAAUAAUCACCAGCUACAGUUGUUUUUACACGCUCGUUCGCAUCUCAAUUCUUUCACCAACAAUUCUACGCUGAAAACUCACGAUAGUACGCAAGAAAUAAACCAGACUUCGCAGACUAUGGAUGAAAUCAUAUCCGAAACAUUUGUAGAUGAUGGUUUUGUUUAUGCUGCAAAGCAUUAUCUACUUAAUGGUCCAGAAAACGAUAUGUCAUUUCGUAAACUGUGUGAGCAUAACUCUAAUGUGGCUGCCAAGUUGGGUGAAUUUAGCGUAUCUCGUGUAUGGUUAAUACUGGCAGAGUUCUACAAUAGUGUUGUUUUGCUAAAACAGAAAAUGACGUCCAAUUUUUUUCCUGUGCCCAAAACAUGUUCAGAUGCAACACUUGAUGGAACAAAAAGAACGGAAAAUGAAACAAAAAGAAAUUCGGAUGAAGUUAGCAGUCCUCACGUUCAAAGUGUUGAUCCGGACUCUGAGUUUCAGUCGGAUGAAGGAAGACUUGAGGUGGAAGAUUAUCUCACAGAUAUUGCAAGAGGACGACACUCGGAACCAGACUUUUAUAUUUCUGAUGAUGAAAAUGGCCUAUGGGGUGGUGCUACUUCAGAUGCAGACUUCAUGUAUACACAAGAAUGGUCAUUAAUGGGAAGGGUACCCACUGAAGCUUUUGAAAAGAAAGAGGACCUUGACAAUGAAGCGAUUGCUUUAUUCGGUCAUAUAGAUGCUCCGUCAGGCAUGACCAAUGACUCUGAAGCCCCAAAACAGAAAAUCAUCACGCCCCACGGGGGAAGAUGGUACGAAACACAAACCUCAACCCAAGACUCAUCUUCCCCCCCAACACCAACUUCCAUGGAUCAGAACUCUGAUCCUCUCGCAACAGGAAAGAAACUAUCAGUAAAACCAUCCGUGUGGCCUCUUCCUUUAGAUGAUAUUCGGAAUCAAACAACUGUAGAGGAGUUAAGAUACCUUGCUGAAAGUGGUGAUGUACAAACCCCGGUUUCAAUCCUGGUAGCAAUCUCAUCCUACCCCACUAAUGUUACGUUAGAAAUACCAGAAGCAGAGGCCGAACACUGGUUUAACUCGUACCUUGAUCUACUGUUUAAACAUGAACUAUUUGUACAACAUGCAGAGGUAAUCAAGUUAAGCCGACUCCCGUCAAUUAGAAUGCUUUCAUCAUCUUCCACCAUACAUACAAGCUGUAAGGUGUGUCAACGCAGGAUGCCAAACUCUUGCUCAUGGUCAUGUGACCAUAGAUCUAAACCGGACCACAAGUCACCAGUGCUUUGUUUUUUAUGUAAAAAAGUUGUCAAAACACUUUAUUUAUAUUGUCAAACAUGUUCAUUUGGUGGCCACUUACAGUGCAUGCAGUCUUGGACUAAGUUGUCUAAGGAGAAAAAUAUUCAAACUGAACGCUGUUCUAACCACUGUGUGUAGAACCAUUCUUGGUUCACAUAUUUAUUUGUAGCUUUAUUAUCUUCAUUACAAAACCAGGAGGCAUUUACAGAGUUUGGUCUUUCAUAAUACAAAGCACAAUACCAGAGAGUUUCUAAUUAUGAAAAUAUUCAAAACAAAUUUGGUACACAUAGGUUUGACAUAAUUUUGUCUUUUUGUUUCUUUGUCACUACUGUUCAGUUUCCGUCAUAAAUGUUCCUUUCUCACUAAUAACUUUCAGUUACUUUCUGUGCUUGAUUUUUGUUAAAAAAUAUAAUUUUUUCGCACAAGGUAAAGUAAUAAGCACGCACCAGUCGAAAUACUUUCCUCAACAACAUUUUGCUAAAUUUCUUUACUUUUUUAUAAUUGUUACUGCUUUGUCAUUGUAUGUUCUUUCCAUAAAAGCAAAAUAUGUUCUGAAA